AAAUCGAGGCGGUAAUUCAUUUCUGUGUGAAAUUUGUCAAGUAACUUUACUGAAUCAUGUCUCUGUUGAACAGCAUGUCGCAGGGAAGAAGCAUGCAAAAAAAUUAGCUACAGGAGCUCUUCAUUUUGAAAGUUUGUGGAAGAUGAUUAGGAAAUUUGAGGGAGGAAAAACAGACAAUAUAUACAUGACCUUUCAUAACAAAUUGAGAUGCAAACUGUGUUUGCAAAAAUCUAGAUGUCAAUGAUGUUGUUUCUCAUGUAGGAGGAAGUACUCAUCAACAGAAGUUGGAAGAAUUAAAAGAGACAAAAAAAUAAAGGUAAAGAUGCACAUGUAUCAGAGAAAUGCAUGUCAUAUGAUGUUCAUAAUAUUUGGAAUGAGAUUUACAAAGCUGAAAAUGGAAAGUGGUCCAACAUUUGUUAUAUUUCUGGACAGACAUAUCGUUGUGAACCUUGUAAUAUAAUAUUGUCAAUUGAUAAAGUUCUGGCUCAUGUUAUGGAUGCAUCACAUCAAGAAGCAAUCAGAGAACCAAAAAAUGUACGUACGAAUGAAACGUUGAUGCAAAUUGCAGCUGACAUAUGGCAAAAAAUACACGCUGCAGAUCGUACACAUGAAGUCUGCUUCAAAAUUGAUACUUGCACUGUCAUUUACUGUACUUUUUGUUGUGUCAAAGUCCCUGCUUCAAUUGACAAUGUGGUUGAUCACAUUCGUGGAAAAAAUCACAUGGCCACUGUUACCAAAACCUUGAUAUCAUCACAGCAUUCAUGUGUAAUGAAACAAGGAAACUGUUCGGAUGAGGGAAAGUCACCCAGUCCCAAACCUACAAAAAACCAGACCUUGACAGGUAGACGACUGAGUGAGUCUGCUCCAUCAAAGGACUUGUUAAAUUCAAAAAGUUCUCAACCCCAAAUAUGUAAAACUUCAUAUGAUGUACAAGAGGCACUUGUGAAUGCUCUAAUGCCAAAUCCAAAGGGCAUUUCAUGUCAGAGCACUUCCAUGCUUAAAGAAAAAUCUGUUUCAUUUAUCUGUGUAAUAUGUGACAGUAAAUUUGAAUCAGAGGAGUUAUGGUGUCAACACACUUGCAGCAGAGGACACAGGAUUCAAGCUGGCAAUCUCCUUACUGAAGGAAAGAAUCUGGUCUCUCAUAAAUGCUUCGGAUGUGGAGCUAUGGUAUAUUGCAUUCAGUCUGACUUUGCAAAACACAACUGUUUGAAGGUGGAAAAUUUUGUACCAUCAAACAACAUACUCGGUGAAAUUGCUGGGAAUGAUCAGCAGAUAAAUGAAAGCAAUGCAACAGAAUCAUUCCAUAAAGGAAACGUGAAAUGGAAAGAGCAAGAUGAAAUAACUGAUAAUGUUCCAAGGAUAAUAGUACAUGGUUAUCCCAAGCAUUUUGGGCUGGAGCGACUGUUUAACUUCUUUAAAGAUUUUGGCUCAGUGUCUUUCAUUGUGGUUACUGAUGGAUCAGCUAUAAUUGAAUUCACAGAAAAUGCAUCUGUAGAAAGGGCUUUAGCAAGACCAUUGUUUAUUGGAGAAGCUGCAUUGACUGUGAAAUCUUUAACUAAUUUUGUUCAUCAAGUUCCUGAGCCAACUGUCUCAGUACAUGAAAGUUUGGUGUCAACAUUUACCUCCCCACAGAGAGUUGAAGAGAAGCUGAAUGCUUUGUGCACAGCAUCUAGUUCCCUGUCAGAUCCAGAGAAACAUGAGCAGGUGUGCUUGUUUCUGGAAGAAUCAUGUACUGAAAUCUUCCCAGGGUGCAAAGCCAUUCCCUUUGGCUCACGCGUGUCAGGCCUUGCUCUCCAUGAUAGUGAUCUGGAUGUAUUUCUUGAUACAGGUGACAUGUAUGGUGGAAAACAGAACCAAGAAUCAGCUAUUCAAGAGCUGAUAGUAUCAUCUACAGGAAACAGAUUGAUAAAUCAUCCAGAGUGUUGCAAUGUGCAAGAAAUUCGAAAUGCUCGCACACCCAUUGUAAAGUUUUUUUACAAGCCGAUUGAAACGCAGUGUGAUGUGGCUUUUUCUCAUGGACUUGGAUGUGAAAAUACCAUGCUUAUUAAGUUCUAUUUAUCAUUGGACCCACGUGUGAGGCCUGUGAUUAUAUUCCUCAAACAUUGGGCUCACAUUCAUCAAUUGAUUGGGCAGUCCAAGAUCACCAACUAUGCUCUUGCUUGGCUUGUGAUAUUCUACCUCCAAAAAGUUUCAGGUUUUGGUCUCCCUACAGUUCGAGUUUUGCAUAAACUUCAUAAGGGACCAGAGAAACUCAUAGCAGGAUGGGAAUGCAGCUUUAAUGUAAAUAAAUUAAAAAUACCAAGAAUUAAUAAUUCACAGCGUAUAUUGCAGUUACUUCAUGGUUUUUUUCAUAUACUAUUACAAAUUUGACUUUUCAAAAAAUGUAGUAUGUCCCUUAAUAGGACUUCCUGUACGCAGAAAGCUUUUUGCCUUCAAUCCGAAAGAUCUUCCAGACGCAAUGGAUGCGUAUGUGUGUCGAGUCGUAAACAACAAGCAUGCUGAAAGAUUCUUCACAAAAUGCUGUAUGUGUGUUCAGGAUCCAUUACACCAAAGUCAUAAUCUUACUAAGGGUACGACUGCAGUCACACUUCAGAAAUUUAAGAUUCUUUGCAAGCUUACAGGGGAUCUUUGUGCUGACAUUAUUAACUGAACACAUGCCCUGUUCUCCAUAUUCAACUUAUAUUUAUGUUAGUAACUCAAGGGAGAGAGUUUGCGAUUAGUCUUGAGACUUGUUACUAUUUUGUUGUAUGGUAUUUAUGUUUUGUUGUGAAAUUACGUAAUCAAUUGUAUGAGUAAAUAUACCGUAUGUAAUUAUUUGUAAAUAAAAAUUGUAUAAAGUCUGACAGAAUAACAGAGAAAAUAUUAAAUGGCUUUUGCAAAGGA